GCGUUCAUCCCCAGAUCUUACUUUCUUUUUGCCACCUGAAUACCUCGUAUAGUGGACUAUAUUCCUCCAACCUUUUAAACGGUAGCUAAACCCCUUUUCCUCGUUUGUUAACUCAUUCACUAGUAAGACAUGCAAGUGGACACUGGUGGAACCUCCAGACAGUAACUAAACCUUCUUAGGAUGCAGCGCCUAUCGUGUGCAUCGUUCCGUCCCGCAUCUUCCACACUUCUAGAAACCACACAGAACUCAAAGGUCGAGUAUCAUAACUUGAUAUGGAAUCCUGAGCGCUGUUAUGGACACCCAGCGAUUGAAGUCAUAUGCUGACACGCUGUCAUCAUUUUCCCGUCCUACUAUAUAAAUGUUCCUUCGUCUUCCGUCCCCCUCUGAAGUGCGCUUCCUCUCGUCCCACUUACCUUCCAUUGCGUGUAUCCACACGAUAUGGCUCCGAAUCCAUUUCGCUGGCUUGUUAACUCCUUUGUGUCUCUCUGGCUUGCCAUAUUCUCGAGGUCCAGCAAGUCCUUGAGGAUCACAGGAUCAGAGCAGGCUUCAAGUGCUAUACCAGAAUGGACACCACCUCCCACUGCAACAGAAGACCUCGAAUGGGCGGACCUCAUUUCUAUUGACCUCUCUCAAGCGUCCACGGCCGCCGGGCGUCGCACUCUCGCGAAACAGAUGCUCGAAGCUAUGACAACUCAAGGUUUCUUCUACGCUAUCAAUCAUGGCUACACUGCCGAGCAGACAAGGCGUGUCUUUAGUUUGGCGAACGCGACCUUCGACUGUGUCAGUAAGGAGGAGAAGGAGAAGUAUACAGUCGAUGAUCAGAAGGCGGAGGCGUAUGAGGGAUAUAAGCCCAGGAAUGUUUGGCAAAUCGAACCAGGCGUUUAUGAUUCCAUCGAACAGUACAAUAUCAACCGAAAGGUUUACAACAGAGAGCACCCUACCUUCCUGAGACCAUACUUAAAAGAACUGGAAGACUUCGCGAAACACAACCACUUUAACGUUGUGUUUCCAAUACUUAGGCUGCUCGCUAUUGGACUCGAGCUUCCAGAGGAUGCGUUGGUUGAACAGCACAAGUUCGAAGGUGUCGAUGAGAGCUCAGUGCGGUUCAUGAAGUACUUCCCUCGCUCGGCGGAGGAUGAGCUUAAAACAAAGAACGUCUGGCUCAAGGGCCACACAGACAUCGGGAGCGUGACAGUGCUUUGGUCGCAGCCCAUUUCUGGUCUCCAAAUUCUUUCUCCAGAUGGAAAGUGGCGUUGGGUCCGUCACGUUGAGAAUGCCCUCGUCAUCAACACCGGCGAUGUCAUCAACUUCCUCUCCGGCUCCUACUAUAAACCCACGAUCCACCGCGUGACCCAACCUCCACCUUCCCAGUCCAAUCUCGCCCGCGUCGGUGUCUUCUACUUCUCAAUGGCCAACGACGAUGUGAAACUUCUUCCUCACACGGAGUCUCCCGUGCUGCAGAGGGUGGGUAUCAAGGACGUUCCGGAGAAUGAAGAGGGAGCGGUAUUGACGAUGAAUGAGUGGAGGAGGAGUAGGACUAGGUUGUAUGGGAGGAAUAAGACGGUUAGGAAGGUUGAAGGAGGUUUAGAUGUAGAAGAGGAAGAGAUCGCGGGGGUGAAGGUCACGCAGUACAAUUGA